AAAGCACGGCUUGAGAUGGAGGAUGAGAACGAAAAGUUGGAGAGACUCUUGCUGAGUGUGUUACCACAGCACGUUGCCAUGGAAAUGAAGGCUGACAUCAUACGUCCUCGUGAAGGCCCAUUUCACAAGAUUUACAUUCAAAAGCAUGAAAAUGUCAGCAUCUUAUUUGCUGACAUUGUGGGAUUCACAAUCCUCGCAUCCCAGUGUACUGCUCAAGAGCUCGUGCGUUUGCUGAAUGAGUUAUUUGGAAGGUUUGACCAACUGUCGAGCGAUAAUCAUUGCUUGAGAAUCAAAAUUCUAGGUGACUGCUACUACUGCGUCAGUGGCUUACCCGAACCUCGUUCAGAUCAUGCUCAUUGUGCUGUAGAAAUGGGGCUGGAUAUGAUUGAUGUAAUAGCAUCCGUUGUGGAAGCAACCGACGUGCAUCUGAAUAUGCGAGUCGGUAUUCACACUGGACGCGUCUUGUGUGGAGUUCUCGGACUCAGGAAGUGGCAAUAUGACGUGUGGAGCAACGAUGUCACCUUGGCUAACUACAUGGAAGCGGGUGGAGAACCAGGGCGAGUUCACGUGACUCAAGCUACCUUAGACUACUUGCAGGGCGAGUAUGAAGUGGAACCGGGCCGGGGGGCGGAGAGAAAUUCUUAUUUGCGAGAGCAUAAUGUUGUUUCCUAUUUUAUCAUCCCACCAUCCCAUCGACGAAAGCCUUUAAUGUUCAGUAACUUGCCAGUGAGAGCUUUGGGCAAUCGACGGAAACUAUCCUUCAAAAAUGUCUCCAACGUGGUCGUACAACUGCUUCAUUCCAUCAAGUACAGCAUGGACGUUCCUUUCUCAAAUAUGGCUGAAACCGGUAGUACAAAUGCAGAGAAACAAAGCACUAAAAUGUCACAUUUUGCCGAUAAACUGAGAAAGCCGUUUAAGAAAAGACAUUCCACUGUGUAUCACCAACCAACAAGUCGAGUCAAUAAAUAUUUGGCUCAGGCUAUUGAUGCUCGAAGCGUUGACCAGGAAAAAUCAACCUACAUAAAUGUGCUCACCUUAUGUUUUAAGGAUAAUGAGAAAGAGACACAGUACUAUAAUGAAAGAGAUGAAGGAUUUGCCAACAGCAUGGUUUGUUGUUUAGCCGUCUUAAUGAUUUUAGGCUUCGUUCAAGCUAUUGUUCUGACCAGGUCUUUGUUGAUGGUGAUUCUUUUUCUUUCUACAUUUUGUUGGGUAUUUGUACUCAUUAUGCUGACACUAGCUGCCAAAGUGAAGUACAUAAAAUGGGAUAUAACACGGUCUUUUCCUCUUCGAAUGACCUUGAUUGUCCUAACUAUUUCUCUCAUCUUCAUUAUUGCUCAAAUAAAUAUACUGUCCUGCAAAAGAGAACCGAAGUGCAAUGGAUCCACUAUCACCUCGCAGACAUCGUUUCUGUAUGAUCAUUACUAUUGCCCUUUGCCUCAGUAUAUCAUCAUUAGCUGCAUUCUAACAUUUUUCUCUAUCGUCGUAUUUCUGCGCAUCCCAAUUUUAGUCAAAAGCUGUUUACUUUUACUCAUCACAAGCGUUUUCAUUGCUUCAAUAGAAUUUGUUCAGCUGCAGAUAUUUCAGUGCUAUGAUGAACACAUAGGAUCUACCAUACCUGCCCACGGACUUAGUUUAAUAGUCGUAAUUCAUUUUUUGAUAGCUGUUCUUAUUCAUGGCAGACAAGUUGAAUGGACAGCAAGACUGGAUUUCUUAUGGAAUCUUCAGGCUAAUGAAGAAAAACAUGAAAUGCAUGAACUGCAAAGUAGUAAUAGAAGAAUUCUUUUCAAUUUAUUACCGGCACAUGUUGCUACGCAUUUUCUUGACAAUCAAUUCAAGAACAACAUGGAUCUUUAUAACCAAAGUUACUCCAAGGUUGGAGUUGUUUUCGCCUCAAUUCCAAAUUUUCAUGAAUUUUAUAUGGAACUGGAUGGGAAUAAUCAAGGCAUGGAGUGUUUGCGUUUAUUAAAUGAAAUUAUUGCUGAUUUUGAUGAACUUCUAGAUGAUGAUCGCUUCAGAGCAAUUGAUAAAAUCAAAACAGUGGGCAGUACCUACAUGGCAGCAAUAGGUUUAAUGCCAGACUACAGAAUAGUAGAUGAUAACCAUGAAUCCGCUGUGGAAUAUAUGAGUAUUUUGGCUGAAAUGGUAUUUGCAUUCAAAGACAAGUUAGCUGAUAUAAAUGAAAACUCAUAUAACAAUUUCUUCUUAAGAGUUGGUUUGAACAUUGGUCCUGUUGUGGCUGGAGUCAUUGGUGCAAGCAAACCUCAAUAUGAUAUUUGGGGUAAUACAGUAAAUGUUGCUAGUCGUAUGGAUAGUACUGGGCUCCCAAAUCACAUCCAAGUUACAGAAGAUGUAUACUUGCUACUGAAAGAUGGAUAUGUUUUUCAAUGUCGAGGAAUUGUAAAAGUAAAAGGUAAAGGUGAUAUGACAACAUACUUUCUCUUGAGACGAAAGGAAGCAGGAGAAAUAAUACAUUCUGAAGAACCAAUUGUGAAAAAAGAAAACGAAGUUCAGUCUAUUAUGAAACAAAAUUCCUUAAGUGCUGUUAAUUCUGUCAACAUUAAUAAUGAACAUGUUGGUAUACGUGGCAAAAAAUCUCUUGCAUACCAAACAUCACAUGUUAAUGAAAUUUUAUCUACAAGCAGUCCUAGACUGCCUACAAUGCAGCUUCCUCCAUGGCAACCACCUACUCACCAAUCUAGUUUACCUGUUCAAAAGGAAUCAGCCUUAUAUGAUCAACCUAAGCCAAUCAUUGGCAAUGCUCCUACUAAAGCUCAUUCUCAAAUAAGACCAUGGUGCAACAAUAAUGCAAUUCAAGAUGGCGAGCAACAGAAACAUGAUGCUUUGUUGCCGGAAUCUAAAGAUCUGCAAGAUAGAUUGCAGAAAAUGGGCUCUAAUUCUUCUUUAUACACAAGCAAAGUUUACAGGCCUUCCAAAAUGUACACACAUCCAAGAACUCAUCCUGCCAACAAACAACCUGUUGUACUUACACCACCAGAAGAAACGCUUUGCUUUCCAUCUCAUUCUUCUCCACAAGGGCCUGAAACUCAUACAACAGAAUCAAUUCCUAUUGAUGCCAGUGUUACCACUAUUAGUAGCAGUCGAGAAAGUUUACUGGACCAUGAAAGGAAUAACUCUGUUGAUACAUCAUCACCAAAUCGCUCAUCUGUAUCUUCUUGUGACAGCUAUGCACGUACAGAUAUGUCACGUACUGAUGUUGAUAGCCCUUCCCCUGCAUAUUACGAUUAUUGCUCAGAUGUUCCAUGGGUUCAUCUAUCAGAGAAAGAUAGGGAUAAUUCUCUUCUUGCUCAACCACAUUCUGUGCAUGCUCAAAAUCACUCAAAAGGUAAACAAGGGUUGCCAGAAGUAGGUUUAUCACCAUCUCACUACAUCUCUGAUAGUAAAAUCUGUGAUUCUAAUGAAAAUGAUUUGCAGUCAAAGUUGAAGAAAAUGUACUUAAGUAAAGAUGAUAAUGCUGAUGAGAAAAAGGAGAGUUUCAAAUGCAAUCGGGAGGUUUUAGUUUCAACCAAUGGAGAAACAUUUGUGAAAUCAAAUGUAUUAGAAGAAAGACAUUUUCCUUUGUUUUCUAAAUCUUCCAAACGAAAGAAAAACAGGUCAAAACUGGAAAAAAGUUCUUCCCUUUCCCUACCACCAAAAGCUGAAUUCUCACCAGUAUCUCCUAAACAAAGUGCAGUUAACAAUUUUUGUUUUCCAGAUGUAUCCUUGACAAAUAAUUCUGAUUCGACCCGUAUGAAAAAUUUUAAAUUGUCAGAUGUAAGAAGUUUAUCUAAUGAUUCUAUGCAUUGUUUACAAAAAUCUGGGCACAUUUUGUCACCAAAUUGUACGUCCUCUGAGGGAAUGGAAUCAGAUCAAGUUUCUGAAGGUUUAUCUUUUGUAUCAAAGCCUUUCAAAGAUUAUGACAAUAAUAACACUUCAGAGGCUGAAUUAUGUGAGAAUGAUGUUCCAAAAAAACUAGGUAUUUUCAUUCCUUUACCGGAUUAUCAAGACAGCAAACUUGAUCCAAAAGUUUUAUCUGUGUUAGAACAGCCCUCUAAAUAUUCUACUAAAGUUUUUCCUCCAGAAGUUUCGCAUAAAAAUGCAAAAUCACAUAUUAACCAGAAAACUCAUGAUUCAUCAAAUUCAAUUUCUUUAUGCCCAAAAGAUCCUUCUAAAGACUUGAGAAACAGUGACUUGAGAUCAACUGUUGAUAAUUGUAUUGCAAAAUCAGUGUCAGAAAAAAGCGAAACUGAUGAAAGUGAUGAUGAGAAAUCUGUUGAAAUUCCAUUGAUAGAUGAAUAUUGUACAGAUGAUCCCAAUUUAGAAAAUGCUUCAUUACUAAAUGAGCAUGGGUUGACUGAUGCUGAAGGUGCUUUGAGUGAUCUCAAUUCAAUUAUUAAUGAUCCCUGUGAUGGAGAUGGUGAUAUGGAUGAUACAAGUGUAUCUUCUAGGGCAAGUAGUAGAGUGUUUGAUAGCGAUCAGUUGUUAAGUUUAGAUAGUUUAAAUGUUACUUGUGACUCUGAGUGUGACAAUUACAGAUUAGAAAUGAUUUCUAAUGAGGAUAUUUGUCAUGAACAUGUAAAUGUUGAUCCUGACUAUCUAGAAAACCCAAAUACAGAAAAUAUAAAGGAAUUGUCAAAUAAUAUUACAAAAAAUUUUGGCCAGUCAUCUUCUGAUUUUUCAUAAGUAUGGUAAAUGGUUUAAAACUUGUGUUCACUCACUUCAAAUUUAGAGGUCAUAUCCUUUGUGCACAUGUUUAGCACGUGACUCAAUAGUAAAAUAAAUUCUGUAAAAUUCAGAUGAAAUGUAAUUUGAAAAUAAUGGAACAUUACAGUAAAUAUUAAUAACACAUUGAUGUUUAGGACUAUAUGUGUGUAGAGAAAUUCUUGAAAUCAAAUGGUAGAGCAAUCAGCCUCUUCUAUUCACAUAAUAAUAUAUAGAAAUUAGUGUGUGCUUAAAUGAGAUCCUAAUGCUAAAUAUUUGUAUUUCAAAGAUGAUACAUACAAAAAAAUAUAAAAAAUGUUAAAUGUGGAAGUGCCUCAAUAUAAAUUAACUGAGACUAGAGACCUUUACUCAGUAAUGCUUUCAUUUAUUUCAAAGCCAGUCCUGUCCACUUGAAGAGUUACAUAUUGGUGUUUUCGCCCCCUAACUUUCGAAAGUUUUGAACUACAUUAAAAAUAAAAAAUAUUAAUAAAAGUAAGAAAGAGAGAAAGAAAAAUCUUUUUCUCCCAGCUUAAAAAAAAAUAUUAAAGCUCAAUUUAUUUGGUUUUUUAAAAAAUGUAUCAUGAACUUUUAGAAAUAUGGGUUAGCAUGACACUUAAAAUAAGUAAUAUUUCCUAUUGCACCAUAUUUUCUAUCAUAAAAUCAUGUAAUCUUAUGAAUGCUUUUGCAAUGAUUAUUUUAUUUAGAAUAUUUCAUAAAAAAUUAGUUUUGAAUGGACUUGCAUUAUGUUAUCCCAAAAUGAACUAACGUCUGUUUUCCUUCAGAAAUUUAGAUACGAAAUUACAAGUUGUAUCAUAUUGUAAGCUGGAGUGACUUGAGUAUGGUUUAUAGAUAUUUUGAGCAGUCUCCCGUUAAAAAACUAAAAAUAUAUAACCGAAAAUUAGUGAUUUAUCAUUGUUUGGUUGUGAAAGAAUUUUGAGUUUCAGCUAGUUAUGUUUUGAGAAAAUGGUUGCAAAUUCAAACUCAAAUCAUCCUUUCAUGCGGGUUGACUUUGUCUGUUCUCUCUUACCUCAAUAAUGUACCUUUCAGAAUUUUAAGUUUCCAUCUUACUCUAGUAAUAAUUUGAGUGUAAUAGAACAAAAGAUCUAAGAUAAAAACAAGUGAAAGUAACUUUUUUUGCAUAAUUGUAGUAAAUGCAAAUGUUUUUCAUUUACUGCAUGGAAUUUACCAUCAGAAAUUUUGGCAAUCAAACCUGGUACAGUAUAACCCAGAUUUAACCAUUGUCAAGUGACUGGAAAAAAUUAUCGCUAAAUCAAGGCUAUCGUUAGAUCGAGAAGCAUAUACAUUCAAUGCAGUUAAAUCGGGACUAGUGAAAUGUAUCAUAAAAUUGAGGAAAUCCUUAAAUCGGGUUUCGUUAAAUUGAAGUUAUAUUUUACUUUCUUUCCCUAUGUUUGACUGAAGUAAAACUUCUGUCUGGGAAAUCGGGUCAGCUUUAUCCUGCAUGAAACUGUUCCAUAAGUAAACAUUUUCUUGAUCUUUGGAGUUGCAGUGGCAUACAGACAUUUCAGAUUCUUGUACAGAAAAAAAAAGCUACCUCAUGUUUCAAUGUAAGACGUGCAAUCAUCAUACUUUUAAUCAAACAUUAAAAUACAUCUUUGUUUAAAUCUUAUCUUUUUAAUUAGGGUUGCCCCUUUCCUCAAAGCAAAUGUCCUUUUUUUAUAAAAAUAAAAUGACCUAUGUUUAAUGCUAAUCAAACUAUAAUAACAGCUGCUUACUUUAGCUGCUUUUGCAUUACCUCAUUAUAUAGUUUUUUUUAAUUCAGCAAAAAAAAAAAAAAAAAAAAAGAGAUUGUACAGCUCUUAUAAGAUUGAUAAGUAAAAUAUAAGUGAAAAAAUAGAUGGAAAGUUUAAACCUUUUGUGAAUCAAAAUAGUUGAGCAUAUUUUGAAAUUUUAUGUAGGUGCUCUUCAAAACUAAAAUUUCCCUCUUUUUCAGGCUAAAAGUGCUGUCUUUUUUAUAUUUAGGGGGACUUUCAAUCAUUUCAAACGAAUCAUAUACAUAUGAUUCAUUUUCAAUGUUAAAUCCUUUUUUGGAACUCUAACCAGAUGAUUAAAAAAUUUUUAUUUCUGUCAAGGAAACAAGCAUAAAAUAGUGUCCUCAUACCACCUUUCAAACUUUUAAUGAGACAGCAGUGAUGAUGUCAUUAAAAAAAGAGAUUUUGAAGUUGUAUAGUUCAAAUCACCUGUAAUCCCUUUCUUACCAAGUCACCCCAUUUUACAGUAUAUGGACUCAUGUUCUCAUUGAAUUUUAAUUGAAGAUAAACUAUUGAAACCCCUUUCAAACUGAUAUUUUGUAAACUAUCAGAAUAUGUGAUAAAAACAUAAGCUAAUUUUUAAGUUAGGUGUGGGAGAUAAGUGGCUAAUUAAUUAUGUCGUAUCUUGAUCACCUUCUUUAAUUCUGAGAUUUUAGGCAGUAUCUAGUAAUAUUAGUACUGUAGAAAACAAGUUUGUGAUGUUCCCUUACUUUUGCAUUUUCAUAUUAAUUAUGCCAUCUUUCAAAUAAAAUACUUCCUGCAUUUUUCAUUAAAUUGUUAAUUUUAUUGUAUUGUAACUAAUACAUCAAGUUUGGUU